AUGGCAGAAACGAGAAAAGAAAUAAAAGAAACGGAAAUAGGGGACGAGAACGGAAAAAGGGAAAAAGGAGCAAGAAGAGGACGGCCCUCAAACGUAGAGGUACUGAGAAGGGAGAGAAGCCAGAGCAUAGGAAGCAUGGCAAAUCUGGAAGAAAUAUGGAAGAGAAAAAGAGAUGCAGAAAGCGGAGAGGAAGAAGAAAGACAGAAGGACGGGGGUGAAAAGAGCGGAACAAGCGAAUGGAUGUUUAAUAAAAGCAAUCUGACGGAGAGAUCCCCGGAGAAAAAGAAAGAAAGGAAGGAAAAGAAAGGAGAAGAGGGAACAAUAAUAGAGCUAAUAAAAGAAAUGGGCAAGGAGUUAGGAGGGAAGAUGGAGAAGAUGAACGAUAAUAUGAAUAUGAUGGGGAAGGACCUGAGAGGAGAGAUGGAGAAGCUGAAAGAAGAAAUGAAGAGAAGAGAAGACAAGUGGCUGGAGCAAAAAAGAGAAAUGGAGGGGGAAAUAGAAAAAAUGAAGAGGAAGAUAGAGGAGCUGGAAAGGAAAGGAGCAGGAAGCGGAGAAGGGAAUGAGAUAAAGAAGAGAGUGCAAGAGGAGAUUGAAAAGAAAAAGGAGGAGAUGGGAGGAGGAAAACUAGGGGAAAGAAUAAAAGAACUAGAAAACAGAUGGGAGAGGAAAGAGAAAGAAGAGAGAAAGAAGAACAUAAUAAUCAAAGGUAUCAAAACCACAAGGGAAGAGAUGAAAGAGAAAGCUGAAGAAAUCCUAAAGAUAACAGGCGUAGAAGAAGCUAUAGAAGAGGCAAAAGCGAUAGGACUUACGGAAGGAGGAAAAGGGGAUAAUAUGCUGCUACUAAAAAUAAAAUCAAUAGACUUGAAAAGGAAAAUAAUGGAAGGAAAAAAGACCCCAAAGGGAAGGGAGGAAAGAAUCGAGGAGGAUUUAACAUGGGAGGAGAGGAGAAUCCAGUGGAUUUUGAGAAGAAUCGCCAGGCAGGAAAGAGAGAAAGGGAAAUAUGUGUGGGUGGAGCACGGAAAAAUAAGAGUAGAGGGGAAGUGGUGGAAAUGGGACGACGCUAAUGGGAGGUUGAUAGACGGGGAAGGAAGAAAAUGGGAAGACAUACAUGAAAGACCGCAGAACAAGGGGGAAGAUGCACAAGGGAAAUAG